AUGGCGAAAGAUUCCCAUGCAUUGCAAAAAGGUGCUGUAGUCCAUCACAUCGCCAGAGCCCAUAUCCUGAAAGGUCAACUGCCUGAAGAGAGCAUGGAAUCUUUGGCAACAACCAUUCGUUUCGUCACGCUGAACUGCCGAAGACUAUCGAGUGAACUUCAACAAGCCGCUCCAUCCAGACUUCUGCGAUAUCUCUGUGUGCCUUGUGCUGCAUUGCAGGAAACGCGCGUGAGAUUCAUCAGCAUCGAAAAUUACACCAUAUACUGCGGCGAGAAGAAAGUAGGUGGCUGCGCGAUAGUUACGAGAAAUUGGUGGAGGAGCUUGGCUCAAUGUCGUCUAGACGCCUUUCUACGACUACGGGAUCGCAGAGGACAUAAACUCUGGACCGCAAGUGCUCAUGCACCUACGGAAACCGCUGAGGACAACAGUAAGGGCACCUUCUAUGAUGAACUCAAUGCGUUGAUGUCUAAAACACCAAGCCAGCAGGUGGUGAUUGUCGGAAUCGACGCAAAUGCGAUGAUUCUCGAACAGCAAUCCGAUGUGCUAAGAAAAUGGUAUUAUUCAGCGGAGCGCACGUCAGACAACGGUGACCGUCUGGUCGACUUCUGCGAACAGACGGGCCUCAUCAUCGCUUCCACGUUUAAGAGGAAUCAUAGACGGGUCAACCCUUUUAACGCCUGA